AUGAGUUCUUCUGAUAUAAUUAAUUAUAAAGAAGAAAUUGAGCAACUGCAAAAUUCCUUAAAAGAAGCGCUUCGAGAAAAAUAUGAAGCAGCUCAAUAUGGUUUAAGGCUUUUGGAGGAGAAAGACAGCCUACAGGCAAAGCUUGAUGAGAAUGAAGAAGUUCUCGCCCAACUUAAACGCGAAUUACAACUAACUCAGGAGAUAUGUGAUGAACAAAGUGAACUCAGCAGAAAAAUGAGCCGUGUGGGUUUUCAGGAGGAAGACGACCUUCUGAGUAGAACUGCUAAUCGGGAAGAGCAACUUUCGAAUCGCAUUAAAGAUCUUGAGUACGAUUUAAAAAACACAAAAGUAAAAUAUGAACGCCAAAUGGCAGAAAACGACAAGUUGCACCAAAUGAUGCAGGACAUUCAGACAAAAUAUGAUAAUGUAGAGAAAACCCGACUUGAACUUAAACGGGAAAUCAAAGCGAUGAAGGCAAGGGAGACACAGCUGCUCAGUGAACUGGACGAACUGGAGUCGGAAAAUUUAGAACUUCAGAAAAACGUUUUGGUUCUAAAAACCAGUCAAAUUGAAUUUGAAAGCCUCAAACAUGAAUUAAAACGAGGCCAGGAAGAGAAUGAUUUAAUACAUGUUCAAUUGGAAGAAGUGACGAGAUUGAAGCGCAUUACUGAAAAAUCCCUAGAAGAGGCACUUGAAUCUCUGCAAAUUGAACGGGAACAGAGGCAUAAUCUGAAAAAGGAACUUGACAGUCGGUUUGCUUGUGAAUCUAUUUAUCACCUGCACACAAUUCAAAACGGUCUUGCUCAGGCUACUCAAGCCCAACUUCUCAACGACAACGUAAAUAGAAAGAAAGGGGAGAACUUGUUCUCAGAGCUUCAAUUGAGCGAAUCAACGGAAUUUAAAGCGGAAAUGACGGGCCUUCAACACAAGUUGGAAGAAGCUCAACGAUCUGCGGAACUGGCUUCUAGCGAAGUGAACUCUAAGCAGGAGCGAAUCAAUCAACUUCAAAAUGAAUUAGAUCUGAUUAUGGGUGUUCAAAAGAGAGCCGAUGCUGAGUUUGACGCUAAGGAGGCUGGGGAGGAGGAAUCGGCAUUGAAGAGAUCCCUUCGACAAGUUGAAACUCGCUACUCUGUUGCUCUACGGCAAAUUGCAUCUAUGCAACAUGAUCUGUGGCGCUAUCAGGAGUUGGAGAAGAUGAAAGCAGAUCCCGCUCUUGGUGAUGAGGCUGGUCUGCAAUCAGAAGUGCUGAAACUUCGUAAGGAACUUGAAAAUCGGGGGGAUGAGAUUAAAUGCCUCAAGGAGCGUAUGGACAAUAGUGCUGAAGCUGCGCAAGAAGUGGGAAUGAAGACAGCGAGUGUUUCCGCGUGCCUUAGAAAGGAAUUCUCUGAGCUUCUCAAACUUUACAUGCUUGUCUGCUUAGAGUCGAAAGAAGCUCCUUCAAAACAGGUUAGAAUUUAUUUUUCUUAA